AGACUUCCGGAUGCAGUUUGUCAACACUGAGAAAGCGUGAAUAAAAUGAGCAGUUAAUUUACUUUUAUAGCCUAGUACAUUUCGCGAUAUUUAUACAGUUCGUUUCGUGCAAUGAGCUCCAGACCGAAAGAUAAGUUUACUAGAACAGUGACGAAACGGUGCCCUGCAUGUAAACAGCAAAUUCCUGUCGCUUGCCGUUCCUGUCCUUGUGGUCAUGUAUAUCCAGCUAGAAGGACUGCUGCUAAAUUAGAUCCUCCUGCAGGUGAAGUUAAGAAAAGACGGAUGUCAGAAAGAACAAAGAAAGAACGACCUUCCUACUAUGAAUCCAUAGAUCUUAGACUGGUGUCCACUGCAAGGAGACGGACCACCAGUACAUGCAGUAGUACCAGUCCUGGAGAUGGCAGGAGAAGAGGGCGGGGGAGGCCCAAAGGGUCUCAGAACAAACCUAAGACAGACUCACCGACUCCAUCACCAUCUCCAUCAAACUCAGCAUCAGAGAGGCAAUCAGAAUCAAAAGAGGAGGACAAUUCUUAUGAUAACUUAAGUGCUGAAAAAUCAUUUCAAUAUUCCAUCAUCUUAGCUGAAAUUAAUAGGAAGUUUUGCAGUCAAGGCUCACAACCAAGGUGAAUUGGAUUUUACUAGAUUUGGUUGUGGACUAUGCAGAAAAAUGUUGGAACCAAUAUCAGUUGUUUUGCAAGGCUGAUCAAGUGUGGGUGUUACAGUGACGUAAAAACAAAAAUGCAUAAAAUGUGACACAGUCCACCUGGGAAUAUGCAUUUCAGAAGCUCACUUAAUACUGAGAAGAAAACAGUUCUACAUGCUCCAUCUGUUUCCAUGGAAAUAAACAACAAAGAAAUAUACCAGGCAUUCCUUUCCCAUUUUCUGUAGUACAAAUGCAUCAGAUGAGGAUUACAUUUUCAGUCUGCCUAUAAUAACUUCAAAGUUCCAAAUAAAAUACUGAUAUGAUCUUUAUUUAAAACAAUAAGUAGUCAACAUACAUAUAAUAUGCAUUGCUUAAUAUGCUUUAUUUGCAAAGACAACAGAAUUGGUUACUUUAAUACAUUUAAUGGAUAUAAUUUUUGAGAAAAAGAUGGUGUUACGGUGACCAAGUUUUUUGCAGCACAAAGGCAUUUUCAAAAUCAAACCUAAAAUGGAAGUUCCUAAUUAUUUUAAGUGCAUAUAAAGUAGCUCUUUUGUGGUGCUCUAGAUAUAAAAGCUGGCUACUUAUUCAUGUUCUAUUGUGGUAUGUUUGUAAAAUGUAAUUUCUUUUGAAGAGGAAUAUCUAGGGCUUUAUAAUCUGUAGAUGUAAUCAAUAUUAACCUUAAAGUCAAAAAGAAUCUUUUUUUAAAAGCUCAUUUUAUAUUACUAACUGUAUUCCAAAAAUGUUCUAAAUAUUGUUUUAAGAUUUUGGUGUUUAUGUGUAUUUUGAGCCACACACACCAGAUACACUUCAGUCUAAAUGCACUAUGUUACUGUACUAUGCGAGUAAAUUUUGCUAGCAUUUGCCAGUUGUAUAAUUGGUGAUUGUUUUAAGGACAAAAUGUGCUUGAGAACGUUACACAGUGGCAAACACUAUGAAAAUACCAUUCAAUGGAAUAAUUGUAAUUUUAUACAUGAGGCCUACUGGGAAAUACAUUCAUAAGAAAUUUA